GAGGGAUGGAGGAGGGAAGGGAGUCAAGGAGAGAGAGAGAGAGAGGUUUUCACAAAGUGUUUGGCAAAGUCCCUCUCAGUCCUACACAGCCUCUCAAGAGGAGGGACUAGUUCUCACUGAUCAGGUAGGUGUGUGUUGUGUGUGUGUGUGUGUGUGUGCGUGAGUAUGUAUGGAUGUGUGUUUGUGCAUGUGUGUGUGCCAGUGCAAGUUUGUGUGUGUGUAUGCAUUUGUGUGCGUAUUUUAAACCACCACCUAAUGUUAUAGGAAAUGUGGAAAACAGAAGACAAACUCACAUCUUUCAUUUUUAUUGGACUUUUAUUUCUCUUUUGCAUCAAAGGACACUUGUUCGACAUUUCCCUGUACAGUGUAAUGGUUUGGCACCAGUGUGGAUACUUAUACAACGACUGCAUUCAUGGAUAUAUUCUUCCCUUUUUUACAUUUUCCUCUCUAGACCAAUUACUUGAUGGAGAAAUAACCCUAAAUACUGCCUCUGCAGUAACAUGCAGUAUUUAACAUGCAGUAUAUCCAGUGUUGAGUCAAUAUUGCUUGCUGUUUGGCUGGUCAGCUGCUCUUUGACAUGUGCUCUGCACUGGGACACCUUUGGUUAUGAUUGGUUAUGGUGUUUAGAUUUUUCUGGUCAUUUUGCAUUAGACUAUGUAAAAGUAGUCCUAAUGUCCAGUAGUACAUUAUUGUGCAGAGUCCAGUAGUACAUUAUGGUGCAGAGUCCAGUAGUACAUUAUGUACUAAAGAUCUGUCAGCAGGAAUGCAAUACUUUCAUGUGUUACUUUUGAUGGUAAUUUAUGUGUUUAAACUCCUAAAGGGAGAGUCCAUAGGUUUUUUACAAUGUUCCCUCAUUUCUUGUUCAGUAGAGCCAGGUUGGUCGAUUUAGAUUUUUCCACUGUUAUUUGGAGUCUUUCCCAGUUUGUUCAGGUAGGUUAUACUCACAUUUCCGAACUCUGCGUAACUACUCUGUCUCCUCUCUUUCUCUCCCUCUCCUUCUCUCCUUCAAGCUGCAGUAGACUUGUGUGUAAGCCCUUUUCUGCAUGUGUGUGACCUGCGUGUGUGACCAUGAGUGGAUUCUGUGUGUUCCUCUUGGCGUGUGUCCUGCCGCUAUCCCUCGCCUCGCCAGGCAGGCAGGACCCAUUCCUCUGGCUGUCCGCCCUGCGUGGUCGUGGUUACGUCGAGGGCUCCCUAUUGGCUGACACCACCGGAGGGGAGUGUCCUGCGGAGUGUGACUGCCCGCCCUCCUUCCCCAUCGCUAUGUACUGUGACGGGCGUGGCCUGACAACCAUGCCCACCGUGCCCUCCAGGAUGAAGUACCUGUACCUGCAGCACAAUGAGAUCUCCACCAUGCCAGACUCUUCCCUGGCCAACGCCACCAACCUUGUCUGGGUCAUGUUGCAUCACAACGCGCUAUCUACGGACAAAAUUGGCAAGAAGGUAGGUUACUCUACACAACACAAAAUGCACGGCACUUCACCAUACGACACUAGAAUUCACUACAGUACUGUACACCAGGGUUUCCCAAACUCGGUCCUAGUUUUGUUUUUUGCCCUAGCACUACACAACUGACUCAAAUAAUCAAAGCUUGAUGAUGAGUUGGAUAUCUGAAUCAGCUGUGUAGUGCUAGGGCAAAAACCUGCUCUACACUACGCUAGACUUUGAUCAAUCAAACAUACUUUGAUCAUUUUAUCAUCAUUGUAUUCUAGGUGUUUGCCAAGCUGCAGGGGUUGGAGCGUCUGUACCUUCAACAUAAUAACCUGACUCGUGUUCCCCCCAACCUGCCACACUCACUACGGGACCUCAGACUCAACAACAACAAUAUCAACAAGGUAACAACACUCAGACUUCUAAUCACUGCUGCCCAUUCAAACACUUUCAUUCAUCUUCAUCUGUCUUCAGAUGUUUGGAUGUUGAUUGUCAAGUGGAUCCAGAUGUUUUUCAAUCAAGCCACAUGUAAAAAAUACAAACUCUUGGAAAGACAACACUCAUCCUUGUUUCAAGUAUGAUGGCACCAGGCCUUCUCACUGUUUUUAUCAAUCAUUUAAAUUCAGCUUGUAUUGUUGUUGUUGCCUAGAUGUUUUAAAUAACGUUUUUUUGCGUGUGUGUGUUUAAUAACGCUUGUAUUAUUGUGAGUGCCUAGGUAACGCCAGCGGCCCUUGAUGGUAUGGACAACCUGACCAUCCUGUAUCUCCAUGACAACGCUCUGACGGAGAUGGGCAAGUCUCUGAGGGGUUUGAACUCACUCACACUGCUCGAUGUCAGCGGCAAUAAGCUGAAGAAGGUACCGUAAUGUAGAGGGUGUGUGUGUGUGACUGUUGAAUGAUGCCAGUUAUGGCAAUCGGCUUGCUAGAUUGAUUGAUUAAUCGAAUGAUCAACUGAUCGACUGACAAUCUAUGUCCAGGUACCAGAUAGUCUCCCAGAGCGCCUCCACCAGCUGUACCUGGAGUCCAACGCCAUCAGUGCUGUCCCAGAGGGUUUCCUCAGUAAGUUCUCCCAGCUGCAGUACAUCCGCAUGGCCCACAACCAGCUGACAGACAAUGGCAUCCCCCCCAACACCUUCAACGUGUCCGGCCUGGUGGAGCUGGACCUCAGCUUCAACCAGCUGGAGAGGAUCCCCUCCGUCAGCCAGACACUUGAGCACCUCUACCUGCAGGCCAACCACAUCAAAGGUGUGUAAAGUAGGCAUGUAAGCAUGCAAGCAGUAAACACACACACGCGCAUGUACACACGCAUACCGUCUUCGCUAUUAAUCGAAGUCGAUGAUGACAAUUCUUUGUUAGAGUUAGUGGAGGGGUCAGCGACGCUGGUACCACUUCAUGUGGCUGUGGAGGGCGAUGUGGCUGCUGCAGGUGGGACUCGUGUUGGGUGAUUCGUAUGACGUGAUUUCAGCAACACUUAAACGAACAAAGUACAUUUUUGUUUGAAUGCCAGAAUGUAAACAAUAGCUCUCUCUUUCUCUCCUCUCCCUCUCUCACUCCCAUCCGUCCCUUUUAUUUUUCUGUCUCCCACUCCUUUGUCUCCCUUCCCUCCCUCUCUCUCUCCCUUCCUCGCCAUCUCUCCCUCCUCUCUCUCUGUAGAGUUCACCCUGGGGAGUUUCUGUGGUGUCGUGGACGUAAUGAACUUCUCCAGGCUGAGGACACUGCGUCUGGAGGGGAAUGAGAUCAGCACCGGGGAUGUCCCCUCGGAGUCAGCCCUCUGUCUGCGUCUGGCUAACACCAUUGAGGUGUAAUGCACCCAUCUCACCACCGGGUGGCAUCAUCAUCUUACCAUCAGAGCAUAGGGCAGCAGUCCUAAUUUUAGCAUAACAUUGAAAUUCCAGAAUCUCACCAAGAAGCUGCAGCAGAGGGCUGUAAAGGCACAAAGGCCCACCUACUCCAAGUUUAUCUUGGUUGUUUUAUCUCUUAUCAUUCAAAGGACAUUAUGAUAGAUCUUCAUAUCAGGUCAUUUUUCUUUCUCUAAACUUUAGAAAUGUAGAUCAUUCAAAGCAUGUUGAAAGUGCUUCUUCCAAGGUCAACUCUGUUGAGGAAAGAUAACUUUAUAUAAAAUAUUGUAUAUUUCUGUUGUGUUGAUUGCAAAGCCAAAUGUCCAAUGUUUUUGUCUUAUAUAUGUGUGUGUAUCUGUGAGUGAGUUCAGUAUAUGUGAGUGUGCAUGCUCACAAUUCUAAUAGGAUGUGUGAACCAGAGGACGCUGGUGGGAGGAGAUAUAGGAGGAUGGGAUCAUUGUAAUGACUGGAAUGGAAUCAAUGGAAUGGUAUCAAACACAUCAAACAAAUGGAAACCACAUGUUUGACUCCAUUCCAUUGACUCUAUUCCAGCCAAUGAGCCCGUCCUCCUAAAGCUCCUCCCACAAGCCUCCACUGGUGUGUACGUUGUUUGUGUGUAUGUGUCCCCAUUUGACAGUUAGUGUCUUUUAUCAAUAUGAUGUUAUAAUAUGAUAUGUAUGAAUACGCAUGCAGUCUAUUCUCCAUAAGGCUUACUGUAAAGAGACUAAGACCACACAGAGGCAGAUGAAAUGCAUGAAGAACGCACUAUGCAUUCAUCUAUCCGCCGAAAGUUAAACUUUUGACACUCAGAAAAAACUAUGGACGAAUGGCGGUUGCCUGUCCAUCAUUUGAAGAGUUUCAUUCCAAAACGCUAUAUAUCCAUUUUCAGAAAUGUUGGUAAACUAUAUUUUAUUGUUUAAGUAACUUAUGAAAG